UGUCAGUGGUUGAAAAUGGCCGUCCGAUGUGGCUCUCUUAACUCACAGUAAGAACAAAAAGUGUAAAGAAAACGGAGGAAUAAUAUUUUAUAUCCACUGCACUGGGAAACGUUUUACGUAAUUGAGAAUGUCUCGCUGGGUACCUACCAAAAAAGAAAAGUAUGGUGUUGCGAUUUAUAACUACGAUGCCCGCGGUGACGAGGAGCUGUCCUUACAGAUUGGAGACACUGUACACAUCCUGGAGACGUACGAAGGCUGGUACCGAGGCCACAGAUUGAGAAGAAAGUCCAAGAAAGGCAUCUUUCCUGCCUGCUUCAUUCACCUAAAGGAGGCCACAGUUGAGGGCAAUGGGCAAAAGGAGACUGUCAUCCCCACUGAGCUGCCCCUGGUCCAGGAGGUCACCACCACCCUGCGAGAGUGGGCCUCCAUAUGGAGGGACCUCUACGUUGGGGACAGGAGAGAGAUGUUCAACUCGGUCCGGGACAUGAUCUACGACCUCAUCGAGUGGCGAUCGCAAAUCCUGUCGGGCACCCUCCCUCAGGAUGAGCUUACCGAGCUGAAGCAGAGAGUCACCUCCAAGAUUGACUAUGGAAACAAGUACCUGGACCUGGACCUGGUGGUGCGAGACAAGGACGGCAACAUCCUGGACCCUGAGCUGACAAGCACUAUCAGCCUUUUCAGGGCCCACGAAGCAGCCUCGAGGCAGAUAGAGGAGAGGAUCCAGGAGGAGAAGUCCCAGAAGCAGAAUAUCGACCUGAGUCGCCAAGCCAAGUUUGCCUCCACGCCCUCUUUUGCCCUCUUUGUGACUCUGAAGAACGUGGUGUGCAAGAUAGGGGAGGACGCCGAGGUGCUCAUGUCUCUCUACGACCCUGUGGAGUCCAAGUUCAUCAGUGAAAAUUAUCUGGUGCGAUGGUCAAGUUCAGGGCUGGUAAAAGACAUAGACCAACUUCACAACCUUCGAUCAGUAUUCACGGACCUGGGAAGCGAGGAUCUGAAGAGAGAGAAGAUCAGCUUUGUGUGUCAGAUUGUCAGGGUGGGCCGCAUGGAGCUGCGUGACAACAACACCAAGAAGCUGACGUCGGGGUUGAGAAGACCCUUCGGAGUGGCAGUAAUGGACGUCACUGACAUCAUCAAUGGCAAGACGGACGACGAGGACAAGCAGCAUUUCAUCCCAUUCCAGCCGGUGGCGGGGGAGAACGACUUCCUCCAGACAGUCAUCAACAAAGUCAUCGCCGCCAAAGAGGUCAAUCACAAGGGCCAAGGUCUGUGGGUGACGCUGAAGCGACUUCCUGGAGACAUCCACCAGAUCAGGAAGGACUUCCCUCACCUGGUCGACCGUUCCACCGCCGUGGCACGCAAGAUGGGCUUCCCUGAGAUCAUCAUGCCAGGUGAUGUGCGCAAUGACAUCUAUGUGACGCUGGUCCAGGGCGAGUUUGACAAGGGCAGCAAGACCACCCCCAAGAAUGUGGAGGUCACCAUGUCCGUGUAUGACGAAGAUGGCAAGAAACUGGAGAACGUGAUCUUCCCUGGCGCUGGGGACGACGGGAUCAUGGAGUACAAGUCUGUUAUCUACUACCAGGUCAAGCAGCCACGCUGGUUUGAAACCAUCAAGGUUGCCAUCCCCAUAGAAGAUGUGAACCGAAGUCACCUGCGAUUCACCUUCCGACACCGGUCAUCUCAGGACUCAAAAGACAAAUCAGAGAAAAUAUUCGCCUUGUCGUUUGUCAAGCUGAUGAGGUACGACGGCACGACACUGAGAGACGGCGAGCACGAUCUCAUCGUGUACAAGGCCGAGGCCAAGAAGCUGGAGGACUCGUCCCUGUACCUCAGCCUGCCGGCCACCAAGCUGGAGAUGGAGGAGAAGGGCCACCUGGCCACUGGCAAGAACACCCAGGUGCUGGGGAACUGCACCAUCAGCAAGGACUCUUUCCAGAUCUCCACGCUGGUCUGUUCCACCAAGCUCACCCAGAACGUGGACCUGCUGGGCUUGCUGAAGUGGCGGUCCAACACCAGCCUGCUACAGCAGAACCUGUGUCAGCUGAUGAAGGUGGAGGGGGGUGAGGUCGUCAAGUUUCUACAAGACACCCUGGAUGCCCUCUUCAACAUCAUGAUGGAGAAUUCUGACAGCGACACCUUCGACACCCUGGUGUUUGAUGCCUUGGUGUUCAUAAUUGGGCUCAUAGCUGACAGAAAGUUCCAGCAUUUCAACCCUGUCCUUGAAACCUACAUUCGCAAGCAUUUCAGCGCCACCCUGGCCUACACGAAACUGACCAAGGUUCUGAAGAACUAUGUGGAGAAUGCAGACAAGCUGACAGACCAGCUCCUGAGGGCCAUGAGGUCUCUGGAGUACAUCUUCAAGUUCAUUGUCCGCUCCAGGGUUCUGUUUAACCAGCUGUACGAGAACAAAGGCGAGGCAGACUUCAUGGAGUCCUUGAGGAACCUUUUCACGUCCUUCAACGACAUGAUGAACAGCUCUUCUGAGAACACUGGCAUGGUGAAGGGCGCAGCACUGAAGUACGUCCCUACCAUCGUGAACGACGUCAAGCUGGUCUUCGAUCCAAAGGAUCUCAGCAAGCUCUUCACAGAGUUCAUCCUCAAGGUUCCUCUGGGCCGACUGGUCAAACAGAAGCUGCACUGUAUGAUAGACAUCGUCCACAGUGACCUGUUCUCUCAGCAUGACUGUCGCGAGAUCCUGCUGCCCCUGAUGACGGAGCAGCUGAAGUUCCACCUGGAGCAGAAAGAGGAGCUGGAGGCCUGCUGCCGGCUGCUCAGCAACAUCCUGGAGGUGCUCUACAGGAAGAACGUGGGCCCCACACAGUGGCACGUCCAGACUAUUAUGGAGAACCUCCUAAGGACGGUCAACAGGACGGUCAUCUCCAUGGGCCGAGACUCUGCCCUCAUCGGCAGCUUUGUGGCCAGCAUGACUGCGACCCUGAGACAGAUGGACGACUACCACUACGCACACCUGAUCAAUACCUUUGGCAAGAUGAGGACCGACGUGGUGGAUUUCUUAAUGGAAACAUUUAUCAUGUUCAAGGAUCUCAUCGGGAAGAAUGUUUACCCCGCCGACUGGGUCAUACUGAACAUGAUGCAGAAUAAAGUCUUCCUGCGAGCCAUCAAUCAGUAUGCGGCCGUGCUGAACAAGAAAUUCCUGGAUCAGACCAACUUUGAGCUCCAGCUCUGGAACAACUAUUUCCACCUGGCCGUGGCCUUCCUCACCCAGGAAUCCUUGCAGCUGGAGAACUUCUCCAGCGACAAACGGGCUAAGAUCUUCCACAAGUACCAGGAUAUGAGAAGACAGAUUGGCUUCCAAAUCAGAGACAUGUGGUACAACCUAGGUCCCCACAAGAUCAGGUUCAUCCCGGAGAUGGUGGGUCCCAUCCUGGAGAUGACCCUGGUGCCGGAGAUCGAGCUGCGAAAGGCCACCAUCCCCAUCUUCUUUGACAUGAUGCAGUGCGAGUUCCACUUUACCUGCAGCUUCCAGCUGUUUGAGAACGAGAUCAUCACCAAGCUGGAUCAUGAGGUGGAGGGGGGCCGAGGAGACGAGCAGUACAAGGUUCUCUUUCAGAAAAUUCUGCUGGAGCAUUGCAGGAAGCACAAGUACCUGGCCAAGACGGGGGAGAACUUUGUGUCUCUGGUGGUGCGUCUCCUGGAGCGCCUGCUGGACUACAGGACCAUCAUGCACGACGAGAACAAGGAGAACCGCAUGAGCUGCACCGUCAACGUGCUGAACUUUUACAAGGAGAUUGAAAGAGAAGAAAUGUACAUUAGGUACCUGUACAAGCUCUGUGACCUCCACAAGGAGUGUGACAACUACACAGAAGCUGCCUAUACACUGCUGCUCCACGCCAAACUGCUCAAGUGGUCGGAGGAAGCGUGUGCGGCCCACCUGACCCAGCGGGAGGGCUACCAGGCCAGCACCCAGGGCCAGCUGAAAGACCAGCUGUACCAGGAGAUCAUCACCUACUUCGACAAGGGCAAGAUGUGGGAGGAGGCGAUCAUCCUGGGGAAGGAACUCGCAGAGCAGUACGAGAACCAGAUGUUUGACUUUGAGCAGCUGAGCGCGUCCUUGAGGAAGCAGGCCCAGUUCUAUGAGAACAUCGUCAAAGUGAUCCGGCCCAAGCCAGACUACUUCACCGUGGGCUACUACGGGCUGGGCUUCCCCUCCUUCCUCAGGAACAAGAUGUUUAUCUACAGAGGGAAGGAGUACGAGCGCUGGGAGGACUUUGAGGCCCGGCUGCUCACCCAGUUCCCCAACGCUGAGAAGAUGAAGACCACCACAGCUCCCAGCGAUGAUGUCAAGAUCUCCCCUGGACAGUACAUCCAGUGUUUCACUGUGAAGCCAAUACUGGAGCUGCCACCCAAGUUCCAGAACAAGCAGGUGUCAGAGCAGAUAGUGAACUUCUACACGGUGAACGAGGUCCAUAAGUUUCAGUAUUCCAGACCGGUGAGGAAGGGGGAGAAGGAUCCGGACAACGAGUUUGCGAACAUGUGGAUCGAGAGGACCACGUAUGCCACGGCCUACAAGCUGCCUGGAAUCCUGCGCUGGUUCGAGGUCCAGUCUGUCUCCACGGAGGAGAUUAGCCCCUUGGAGAACGCAAUGGAAACAAUGCAGCUGACCAAUGAGAAGAUCUCCAGCAUUGUGCAGAGACACCAGAAUGACUCCAACCUUCCUAUCAAUCCCCUCUCCAUGCUGCUCAACGGCAUAGUGGACCCAGCCGUCAUGGGCGGUUUCACCAACUACGAGAAGGCCUUUUUCACAGACAGGUACAUACAGGAGCACCCUGAAGACAAGGAGAAGAUCGACAAGCUGAAGGACCUCAUCGCCUGGCAGAUCCCCAACCUGGCGGAAGGGGUGCGUAUCCACGGCGAGAAGGUCACAGAGGCCCUGAGGCCGUUCCACGACCGCCUGGAGGCAUGCUUCAAGCAGCUCCGUGAGAAGGUGGAGAAACAGUAUGGAGUCAAGACCUUGCCGUCGGUGGACGAGCGUCGGGGGAGUCGUCCUCGCUCCAUGGUGCGCUCCUUCACCAUGCCCUCCUCCCAGAGACCCCUGUCUGUGGCCUCCGUCACCUCCAUCUCCUCUGACAACUCCCCCUCCAGACCUGGUUCUGAUGGUUUUACCCUGGAGCCCCUCCUGCCAAAGAAGUUGCACACCAAAUCCCAGGACAAGCUGGACCGCGACGAGCCUGAAAGAGACCGGAAGGACAAGAAGAAGGAGAAGAGGAACAGCAAGCACCAGGAAAUCUUCGACAAGGACCUGAAGACCACCGACAUCUCCUUGCAGCCGGCCGAGGCUGUCAUACUGUCAGAGACGAUCAGCCCCCUGAGGCCCCAAAGACCAAAGAGCCAGGUGCUCAACUUGCAAGGGGUGGAGCGUCGCCUCUCUGUGUCUCCCGGACCCCCCUCAUCCUCCUCCUCUGCCGGCCCCCCGCCCAUCACCCCCAGGAACAAGAUCUCCUUCAGCCUGCACACAGGCUCCUCUGUGGAGCUCAACGGGACGGGCUGUAAAGGCGAGACCCCGCCCCCCCUACCGGUGAAGGGCAGCACGGCCGACUACGGGAACCUGCAAGAUAAUCAGGACUCAGCCAGCCCCUCGACGCCGCCCCCUCCCCCGCCACAUCAAAGGCAUCUGCCUCCACCGCUGCCCAGCAAGACCCCCCCUCCACCCCCACCCAAGACCACCAGGAAACAGGCAUCCAUUGAUUCAGGAAUCGUGCAAUGAGCAAAGACACUGGCCUUUCCAGAGACCGACCUCUCUUCUUCCCAAACACACAAACACAACACGCACACACAAGCGGUCUGACAAGAUGAAUACCUCACUGCAGCCCCUGUACUCUGAUUCUACCAUUGCCUCCAGUGGGGUGACGUCUCCCACAGGGAAUGUGUUGCAAACAUCACUGAACGUGUCAUCGAAACGCCUUCCUCCCACAACCUGCAACAGGCCUGACGUCGUGGUCACACCCUCUCUAAAAGACAUGAGAGCACACUGAUAGUCUUAUUUUAUUUCAGUGGUUAUAGCUUUUUUGCCUUCUUUUUUUAAAAUCCAUAUUCCUACUAUGUACAGAGGUUUGUAUAUAUGAUUUUAUUGUAUUUUUUUUUCUAUGUGGCUUUUAUCAUUAUGUUUUCUGUAUUAACAUGACAAAAGGUUGCUUGGCGUUUAUAUCCAAAAGAAAGGGCUUCUUAGUUUUUAAAUGACAGGGACAGUAAGUACAGUAUGCCUGUCAUUGAUUUUACUGGUCAGAUUGUGUUUUUGGAGUGCACACCAUUAACUCCUUCCCACUUCAUCAUCAUCAUCAUUGUAUAGUAUGUGCUAUAACCUUGGAUUUAAGUAACAAUGACCACCCCUCCUCACAAUUCACUACUGACUUCUGAAUAAACUUUGCAAAUGUAUGUUUUUCUUUUUUUUAACAUGUUGUGGCCUCAUUUGAUUUGACUUUCAGCAGUAUGCAAAUAUUUGCAUCGUUCCAUGGAGCCAUCCCUGUGUUUCCUAUCUUGAUUAAAGUGUGAGAAGCAACUGUCUAUCUAAUUAACUGACAGCAACAGUAGCAGUACUGGAUUAUCAGAAAGAGUCGGUCUCAACUGGAGGGAAGCAUUGAGCUAACUGUGAACCCUGUAUGGAAUUGCAGUCUAGUGAACAAACUCCCACCAAACUACCAUAGCCAUCUUUUUUAUCGGAAGGGAUUUUGGUGGUCAAAAUUCUUGCCGUGUGGAGCCUACACAGAGUAAUAUACUUCUCAGUAAUACAACACUAAGUUCCAUCAAAAGGUUUAAUUGUGAUCUCAUAAUGUUGUGUGCAUUGUCAUAAUUCUGUGGGGCUGAAGGUAUGCACAUCAUUGGACACAAUGGGACACAUUCCCAAUCACAGUCAGCAAAUGGCCGGUCAGGAAAUGGUGAGGCUUCCCAAUCAGUUGUGUUGCUCUGAUUACCACAGCAUCCCUUUGAAUACACAGUCUAAUCAGCGUGACUAGAAGUGCAUUCCAGUACUUGGUAGACAAUGGCGUGUUUGUGACAUUUGAACACCCCAUGUUUGGUUUUAAUAAAUAUUGAUUGGGAUUUACAA